AAUCGAGACUCAAGACGACAAGAGGCAGGUCAAUAUCAAGACAGCAUCAAAAUGUUGAAAGAGUUGGUGAAGGAGCGACUCAUGGCGGCGGCUGAGGAAAUAUUCGGGCUGUUCGAAAGAACGAUGGCGUCCUACGAGGAGGAACUUUCUCGAACGAGAGAGGAGAAGGAGCGACAUCGACGACAACUGGAGGCUGUUAGCAAGACUCACCAGAGUGUGCUCCACGUUGAAGACUCCCAGCAGCCGACUGGUCGUCAAGAAGAAUGCUCCCCUGGGCCGCAGGAGGGGAGCUCCACUUGGAAGCAGGAGGGUCCCCAGCCCCGCCUCCUUAAAGAGGAGGAGGAAGAGGAGGAACCCUGGACCUCUCAGGAGGGAGAGUGUCUUCUGGACCCGGAGGAGGCCGAUCUCGCCAAGUUGCCACGGACUGUUAUCUCGAUGAAGACUGAAGAGCAUGAAGACGGACCACAAGCAGACAAGCUCUUAGCUCCGCUAUCAGAUCGCGACGACACAACGUCAGACUCUCCUGAGAAUGAAGGCGGGGACGACACCCAAGGACCUUUGAGCAGAGAUAUACACUCUACCUCGACCUUCACAGAUAUACGCUAUGAAGGUCUGACCGCUGAGUGUUCCAAAAAGGGGAUGGGUGAAAAAUGUUUCACCUGCUCAGUUUGUGCAAAAAGCUUUUCUGAUAGGAGUUAUUUUCCGCUACACACGAGAACGCACACUGGAGAGAAACCCUUUAGCUGUCCAGUUUGUGACAAAGGAUUCUCUCAAAACUCACAUCUGCGAGCACACAUGAGAACGCACACAGAAGAAAAACCUUUUAGUUGCCCAGUUUGUGGUAAACAAUGCACUCAAAAGUCAAACAUGCUGUCACACAUGGUCACCCACACAGAAAAAAAACCUUUUGGUUGCGCAGUUUGCGGUAAAACAUUUGCGCAGAAAGUGUCUUUGAUUGCACACGAAGAAAAACACACCGGAGAAAAACCCUUUAGGUGUUCCGUUUGCGGCAAAGGCUUUUCUUACAAGACGAGGAUGAGAGCGCACAUGCUGGCGCACGAUGGAGGAAAUGGCUUCAGUUGCUCAGUCUGUGGGGAAAGAUUCUCCCAAAAGGCAGAACUACGAUCACACAUGAAAACACACACAGGAGAGAAACCUUUUGAUUGUUCACUUUGUGAUAAAAGUUACUCUUAUAAGAAAACAUUGUCAGUACACAUGCGGACGCACAAUGGAGAAUAAACAUUUUCCUCUACGGUUUGUUGCUAAAAGAUCCAUUGAUUUAAUUUCUGCAUUAUUUGUUUGCAUGCUGUUGUGUUCCUCCUCAUUUUCUUGACUUGAAAAUGCCUUCAUAAACUCCUAAAAAUGCACCUCA